CUUUGUUAGGUCUGAUCAAAGCCUCAUAAAGCCACCAAACGACGCCACACACAUCGUGCACCGCAUUCACCCAACCGCGCGCCCCUCACACCCCCGGCUGCGACUACUUGCUCUCUCACUCAUUUGCUUCUCUCCUCGACUCCCGACCACACUCAACACACAACAAUCCCCCGUUGUUGUCACUUUCGUCAACAACACCGACGACGACGACAACGACGUCGACGCUUGCUGCUCCUCUCUUCUCCUGCGCACCAACCUACACAACCCCCCACUCACCUAUUGGCCCAGCCCUUCACCCACCAACAUGGCCCCAACGCCCAUAAGGAGAAAGCUCGUGAUCGUCGGUGACGGCGCCGCCGGAAAGACGUCGCUCCUCAACGUCUUUGCCAUUGGAGAGUUCCCAGAGAACUACGAGCCAACCGUGUUCGACAACUACGUGACCGACAUUGAGCUCGAUGGCAAGCCUAUCCAGCUCGCGCUGUGGGACACUGCGGGCCAGGAGGAGUACGAGCGCCUUCGCCCUCUGUCCUACUCCAAGGCCCACAUUAUCCUCAUUGCAUUCUCGGUGGACACGCCAGAUAGCUUGGACAACGUCACUCAGAAGUGGAUCGAAGAGGUUCGCUCGAUCUGUGGAAGCCAGAUCCCUGUCAUUCUAGUGGCCUGCAAGGCGGAUCUGCGCGACAAGGCAAUCGCCAACGGCACCUACAACCCCGAGCACUACAUCGACACCGAGACUGGACGCCGCGUAGCUCAGUCGAUUGGCGCACGCGGAUACUACGAGACCUCCGCGCUGUUGAACCAGGGUGUCGACGCCGUGUUUGAGGCGGCUACCCGUGCCGCCAUGGUUGUCCGCGACGCUGGUUAUGGCGGCGUUGGAGAGGCCGGCAAGCGCGAGUACGGCGGCGGCUCGAGCCGUCCGAACAACAACGAUGACGAAAACUUGAGCCGUUGCUGCGUGAUCGCCUAAGUCACGUCUACGCGGAUCAAGGUGACCGCGUCUCUGCGGCCACGUUCCUUUCAGGCCCUCUCUCCUUUUCCUAUCUCGACUCCCACCAGCAUUGUCCCUGUACGACGGGCCACUCCAGCAUUGUUCCACCACCACCACAACCCUCCCCUCCCCCCUCUGUCCCCUGUUCCCAGACCGCAACCCAACCACACACGCUCGCCCCCUCGGCGAAAUGAUCGUAAACGGCUCGACGUCUUCCGAAACGCCAACUGCAAUGAACGCCGCUCGCCGGCAACGACACGGGCCUCUCUCGACACUGUCACCUUCUCCACCCUUGGCCAGAGACCUGCAUGCCCUCUCCCCCUCGUGUAUUCUAAUCAACUUCCGUGCCCAGGCCCAUGAACGAAGUCCUGGGCGGGGCCGAUUCUCCUUGUGUUUCGUUCCCGCCAUGCAUAUAGAUUGAGCGUG